AUCUGUGCAAUCCCAAAUGUUCUGCUGCAGUGGCUGAGUUGAGAAACGGAGAAAGAAGAAAGAAGAAAGAAGAAAGAAGAAAGAUUGGAUUCACACUUUGAGAUCUGAAAGCGCUUCUCACUGUUUCAAAAUGAGAGGCGCCAACGUAUGGACGGUUUUCAUGUGUCUGAUGCUCAGCUUCUUCGCUCGCAUUCAAUCGCUCUCCGUCACGGUUAACGACGUCGAGUGCGUCUACGAGUACGUGCUUUACGAGGGCGACACCGUUUCCGGCAACUUUGUCGUCGUCGACCAUGACAUCUUCUGGAGCUCCGAUCACCCCGGCAUUGAUUUCACGGUGACAACUCCUGCAGGGAAUACCGUUCAAAAUAUCAAGGGAACAUCUGGUGACAAGUUUAGUUUUAAAGCCCCAACACAUGGAAUGUAUAAAUUUUGUUUCCAUAACCCUUACUCAACACCUGAGACUGUUUCUUUCUACAUCCAUGUUGGUCAUAUCCCCUCUGAGCAUGAUCUUGCCAAAGAUGAGCAUUUGGACCCAGUUAAUGUUAAAAUUGCUGAGCUUAGAGAGGCACUAGAAUCUGUUACAGCUGAACAAAAGUACUUGAAAGCUCGUGAUGCAAGGCAUCGUCACACGAACGAGAGCACACGGAAGCGUGUUAUAUUCUACACUGUGGGAGAGUACCUUCUGUUGGCUGCUGUUAGUGCACUGCAAGUCAUAUACAUCAGACGCCUUUUCAGCAAGUCAGUGGCCUACAACCGUGUUUGAGUCUCCAUCAUUAACAUUAUGGCUUCCUUCAUUAGCAACAGGGUUAGGUUUACAUGUGUUAUCUAUUUAACAUUACGUUUACGAUCCCUUGGUGAAACACUUUUUUUUCUUUUCAACAAAGACGCGGCUUGUAUUUUGAUAUCCAACAAGAUUUUAAAUUCCUUAGCUUGUGAAUUUCAAUGGAUUGACAGAAAUUAAACCGUGUGAGA